AGAUACUAUGGUAAAUCUUUGCCGUUUGGAGACUCAUCCUUUAUAUUGGGUAACAUUGGAUUCUUAUCUAUUGAACAAGCCAUGGCUGACUAUGCUGUGCUGAUACAUUAUCUAAAAAUUAAAUUAAAUGCAGCAAAGUGUCCGGUUAUUGCAUUUGGAGGUUUACAGAAACUGACCAAGAUACUGCGUCUGUGUAAACCAAUGACAAAGGACAGAUUGAACCAUGUAAAUGGAUGGAUACGCAACUCCCUCACAAAUCUAGCUAUGUUUGAUUACCCAUAUCCCACUACUUUUUUGGUUCCUGUUCCAGCCUACCCAGUCAAGGUUGCUUGCAGUUACAUAAUGAAUAGUUCUGACCCACUUGUAGGACUUGUCCAGGCAGCAGGUCUGUAUUACAAUGGCACUAAAGGUUCCUUAAAAUGUUUUGAUGUUGACACCGAAUUUGUAGAAUGUGCUGAUCCUACUGGGUGUGGAGUAGGCCCUGAUAGCAUGGCAUGGGAUUACCAGGCGUGUACAGAGAGCAUGAUGCCUGCUGGCAGUAAUGGGAAAACUGAUAUGUUUCCUGAUUUGCCAUUCACUUUAAAAAUGAGAGAUGAAUACUGUGAAAAGAAAUGGAAUAUUGUACCACGGAAUGAUUGGUUAAAUGUCCACCUUUGGGGAAAAGAUAUACUAACUGCAAGUAAUAUUGUGUUUGCUAAUGGUAGUUUGGAUCCCUGGAGGAGAGGUGGUGUACUGUCUUCACUAUCUGACUCAUUGAUUGCUGUUCUAAUUGAUGGUGGUGCCCAUCAUUUAGAUCUGAGAGGAGCUAAUCCUUUAGAUCCUCAAUCUGUACUAAAUGCACGACAAGAAGAAGUAAAAUACAUACAGAAAUGGAUUGAGCAGUUCUAAUAAUAGUUUAUGCUGCACUAAAAUUAAGCACAUAUGUCAACAUAGUAAGGAAUCCAUCAUAGUUUAGACCUCUAUAUAGCCAUAGUUGAACACAAGGAUCUGCAGACCUUAAAGAAGAUUUCCCCUCAAAGUUGCAUUUGUUAAUAAAUGAAACUCAAGUGGAUUUAGAAUUCUCA